AUUCUAAAUGGAGAGUGAAGCACCAGAAGGUACUGAUUUAAAAUCAUCUAAAAUAUUCGUAAAAGAUUUCUUUACAGAGGACGAGCAAGACAAAAGUUAUUUAACCCAGAAAAGCAAGGAAAGAUUUGAAGAAAAAUAAGCGCGACUUUAACCUAGCCAAGAUUGUCUCAGAGUUCACAUUGAAGAGAGAAAACUUUAUUAGAAUGGACGGGGACAUCAAUGAUUCUUAUGAAUUUGGCAAAUAAACUUGGUGAAGGAGCUUAUGGAAUUGUAUACAAGGGAAAAGAAAAGAGCUCUGGUGAAGAGAGAGCAAUUAAGAAAAUGAGUAAAGAUAAAAUAAAAUAAUCCAGUCAGGUUUAAAAAUGAAAUCCAGGCUUUAAGGACAUUAGACCAUCCAAACAUUAUCAAGCUUUUCAGAUAUUUUGAAGAUAAAGAAAAUAUUUAUUUAGUGCAAGAAUACUGUGCAGGGGGUGAGUUGUUUGAUCACCUAGCUAAGGCAGACCAUUUUGAUGAAAGUUAUGCAGCUAGUGUCUUUCAGCAAAUCCUUCAAUCUAUCUGGUACUGUCAUAAGAAUAGAAUCUGCCAUCGAGAUCUGAAACCAGAGAACUUUAUGCUUAGUAGUGUAGAAGAAGGUCCAGGGACUAUAAAGCUAAUAGACUUUGGUUUAUCAAGAAAAUUCUUUGAGGUUUCUGAUACAGGAGAAAAAGCAUUACUUCGAAUGCAGACAAGAGCAGGAACAGCAUUCUUCAUGGCUCCUGAAGUAAUUCAAGGAAAUUAUUCAUAUGCUUGUGAUAUGUGGUCUUGAGGAUGAAUCCUGUAUCUUAUGCUCUCAGGAUAUGCUCCAUUUGAUGGAGAAACUCAAGAAGAAAUAUUUGAAACAAUCCUUAAUUCUCAGAUAGAUUUUGGUGAUCCCGAAUGGGAUAAUGUCUCUGAUGAAGCCAAAGAUCUAGUUUGAUCUCUUCUUACAAACGAGAAUGAUAGAUUAACAGCUAAAGCUGCUUUAAAACACCCUUGGUUCAAGUCUGUUUUGGGUAAAUCAAAGAAUAAGUUAUCUUCUACCCAUGUUGAGAAACUGAAAAAUUUCAGCAAUGCUUCAAAAGUGAGGAAAAUAAUUUGCAGUUUCUUAGCUUCAAGGGUGUCUAAUGAAGAAGUAAAAAGACAGUUAGAAAGUUUUGACAAACUAGAUAAGAACAAGGAUGGCUACAUCACUUUGAAAGAAUUACAUAAGGGAUUAGGAAAGAAGUAUACUAUCGAAGAUGCGCAAGCCAUCAUGGAUAGUGUCGAUACCAAUAAAAAUGGAGCUAUAGAUUAUAAUGAAUUCCUAGCAGCUACCUUAGAUGCAGAGAUAGCCAAGAAUCUCAGGAAGUUGGAAAUGGCAUUCAAAUAUUUCGAUAAUAAUUCAGAUGGCUAUAUCGAUGAUUCAGAGCUCAAAGGUGUAUUAGAAAGUAGCGAUAUCGGAGUCGAAGACGCAACUGCAUUUAAAAGUAUGCUAAUGGAAUGAGAAACUAUGGAGAAAGGCAAACUAAACUAUAAGGAAUUUCUCAGAUGAAUGAGUAUCUACAGUGGCAAGACAAAAAAUCCAAAUGACUUUUUGGACUAAAAUGAAUGAAAAUAUUCUGCAUCUUUGACAGUUUUAACCGAAUCAGAGUAAUUUAGAGCAUAAUGUUUCAAC